AUGGCGGAUUUUAAUACAUUAACCGAUCCUGUAUUACCCGGCCUGUGCAUUACCCAUCAUGCCUCCUGUUACGUGUUCCUGCUAGCUACAGGAGCAGGCUCCGGCUGGCCACACGAGCAGGUUCCGGCUGGCUACAGGAGCAGGCUCCGGCUGGCCACACGAGCAGGUUCCGGCUGGCUACAGGAGCAGGCUCCGACUGGCCACAUGAGCAGGCUCCGGCUGGCUACAGGAGCAGGCUCCUGCUGGCUACAGGAGCAGGCUCCGGCUGGCUACAGGAGCAGGCUCCUGCUGGCUACAGGAGCAGGCUCCUGCUGGCUACAGGAGCAGGCUCCUGCUGGCUACAGGAGCAGGCUCCGGCUGGCUACAGGAGCAGGCUCCGGCUGGCUACAGGAGCAGGCUCCGGCUGGCCACACGAGCAGGCUCCGGCUGGCCACAGGAGCAGGCUCCGGCUGGCUACAGGAGCAGGCUCCGGCUGGCCACAGGAGCAGGCUCCGGCUGGCCACAGGAGCAGGCUCCGGCUGGCUACAGGAGCAGGCUCCGGCUGGCCACACGAGCAGGUUCCGGCUGGCUACAGGAGCAGGCUCCGACUGGCCACAUGAGCAGGCUCCGGCUGGCUACAGGAGCAGGCUCCUGCUGGCUACAGGAGCAGGCUCCGGCUGGCUACAGGAGCAGGCUCCGGCUGGCUACAGGAGCAGGCUCCGGCUGGCUACAGGAGCAGGCUCCGGCUGGCUACAGGAGCAGGCUCCUGCUGGCUACAGGAGCAGGCUCCGGCUGGCCACAGGAGCAGGCUCCGGCUGGCUACAGGAGCAGGCUCCGAAUGGCCACAGGAGCAGGCUCCGGCUGGCUACAGGAGCAGGCUCCGGCUGGCCACAGGAGCAGGCUCCGGCUGGCUACAGGAGCAGGCUCCUGCUGGCUACAGGAGCAGGCUCCGGCUGGCUACAGGAGCAGGCUCCGACUGGCUACAGGAGCAGCUCCGGCUGGCCACAGGAGCAGGCUCCGGCUGGCCACAGGAGCGGCCAAUUAUAUUCGCCACCUAUCAAAUUCAUGGAUUCCUGUUUAAAAUCUUGA